AUGCUCAUCAGCCUACGAUUCUGCUUGUCGGCGUUUCUUGCCUUGUGCGUCACCACUGCGAACUCGCUACCCUUCCAAUUCAGUCUUGCCCCAAUCACAAAACACCUACCGACUAUAUCGCCACGCCAAGUUGGCAACGGUGUCAAUGGUAACCAGACCGGUAACUCUGGGUCGAUCAGCUCUGGAGGAAUCGGCGAUGGAAACGGUGUUGGUUUCGCCGGAACCGGAAAUGACAUAGACACAGGUAAAGACCUUUCUGACAAUCGUUUCCCGUCGGGAAGACUUUUGCUGACAUUUUCUGUCUCGACAGGCGACGAUUUCGAUAUCGGAGACGGUAACAACACGAUCGGCGAUGGAAACACGAUCGAAAUCGGCGACCGCAUUACAGAAGUAACAAACAUCAAUGUGGGAUCUGGCAACCUCUCUGACAUCGGCAUAGGCUCCGGGAAAGGCGCCAGGAACUCCACAGGGAACGCGACAGAGAUGAGCAUCAACAUCAAUUUACGUGUCAUGGUUGAAGAUGGUCGGGUCAGCGUUGGAGUUGUGUAA